AGUGCGGGGAACAUGGAUUUUUUGAUGGAAUUAGAUGCAUCUGCAACAAAGGUUAUGCUGGUCCUCGGUGUGAGAAUUCAACAGGAGAAUGUGAGAAUGGAGGAUUUAUCAAUAAUAUCAUCUGUUCCUGCCCUACACAAUUCUAUGGACCAACCUGCCAGUAUGCUAACAGCACCAUUACAGUAGGUAAGUGUCUACCAUAGGUAUGCCAGGUUUCGAAAAUUGUCAUAGAUGGCCAAUGGAGGAGAAUUCUUCUGAUAUUGCCCAAAGCUCAAAUGAGAAGCAGGAAUAGGAAUGCAGUGAUGGUAAUGUAGUACAUUUGGAGAUACGUUUAGCUAUGAUGCCAUUGUACUGAAAUCCGACCGUAGGAGAAUAAAAUUUCAAAAUGUCACCAGUAGACAUAAUAUGAAAGGGUAACUAAAAAAAGAACAUAGGCUCGAUCACUAAUUCUGAUAACAGUUUUGUAUUUGCUAUGAACCUAAUGCUAACUAAAUAAAACUGGAUGCAUUCCAGCUUUUUCCAAAAGAAUCUGAAAUAUGCAAAGUCUGACCUAUUUAUACAUCACUAAGCCCUUUUAAUUCACUUUUUUUGUUUGUUUUUCUCUUUUUGCUGAAUAAAUAAGAGAUAUAAGAGAUAAGGUAUAUUGGUAUCGGGUAGAACAGCUCAAACAUAUAGAUUAAUAAAAGAAGAUAUAUGGAAUAUAGGCAAAUAUUACAUACUGAAUGAAUAGCAAAAUGAAGAAAAAUUCAGUAUUUCAUUCAUUUUGUUACAAAAAAAUUAUGAAUUCCUAUGUAAACAAAUUAACGGAUAGGUCACUAAACUAAUUUCAAGUCAAUUAAUUUGUUUGUUCAUUUUUUUUAUUUUACACACAGGAUUUAUUUAUUUUGAUACAUAUUAAUGGUUUAAUUAAAUUAAUUGAGUAGGCUAAAAUGUUUAUGAAUUUCGGACGAAACGAACAGAUAUGUGAACAAAUUUCAGGAUUACCCAAAAUUGAAUUUUUGUUUUAGAACUAAUGAACAAACUGAAACUAACCUUGCACGUUGAACAUUUCACAAAUCACCAGCGGUUUGUUUAAAUAUGAGAUAUUACAGUAAAAGAAUAUAAACGUGAAGAUAGGGCACUGACAGCACUAUAUUAUGGGUGUAAACUAACAACCCAAAGAAGCCUAGAUUCAGAUCUCCAUAGACCGACUUUGGGCGCCGUCUCAGACCCAAACCGGGAGCAGAUUUCACCACAAUGUGCAGGACUGCCAUCUGAUCUUCAAUCAUAGCACAGUGUCGAAAGACACAAUACAUACUUUAUCUGAGGGAAACACAAUAUGAAAAUACUUAGUACUAUGAGUUAUACUGCUAUUUUAAUAAUUGAAUCCACUCGAUUUCCUUUUAAUAUCUUAUUAGAUACUGUGGAACUCACUAUUGGUGUUGUUGUCCGAAUUACCAAUGAGGAAUAUACAGAUGAACUACAAGAUGAAACAAGUGAAAAAUAUAGAACAUUUGUUCGUAAAUUUAAACUUCAGGUAAGACUCCAGAAUGAAUUAAUGAUGUAUUCAAUAUAAUGCCAGGUCUGAUAUACCAUAAAGUAAAACAUUAUCGGAUUGUGUAAUUAUAGCAUUUAUAAGUUACUUUUUAAUAAUAGUUUGUGGAUAAUAUAGCAAUCUGCUGGUUUACAUGUGUUUGUAUUGACUGCAGAUCUUCGUGGCAAGACCCUGUAACUAUCUAUGGUGA